UAAAAACGAAAUGUGUCUGUCUUUCCCAAGAUGAAUGCCAUAUGGAUAUUUAGAUGUGGUGAAGAUGGAAAAACAGUAUAUGUAAAAGAAGGGUAUUGGGCAACAAUUGGCAAACACCCCCAAUUUAUAGUUUUGCCAUGUCCUCUAGGUUACUGCAAAUGUGAUCAUAAAACAGCAAAAUCUGAUGAAUGUAUCUUCACUAAAUUCCAUAAGAAUACUAGCCAGUGUGAACAUUAUAGGCAUGGAAGGUUAUGUGGCUCAUGUGACGAAGGAUAUAGUCUGGUAGUGGGUUUGAAUGAGUGUAGAAAGUGCCCUAGUAAUAUAGGUCUUUUAUGGCUGCUUCUUCUUCUUGUAGUUGUGACUGUGGUUGUUUUGGCACUUAUUUACUUUCAGAUUGAUUUCUUCUCUGGUCCUCUAAAUUCAUGGCUUUAUACCUAUCAUAUCGUGUAUUUUUUGCCUUAUAAAAAUAAGUAUCUUGACCCAUUUAUUACACUUGUGAUUAGUAUAACUUAUGGUCAAUUUGACCUGAGCACAGGUAAAUGUCUUUGGAAAGGAAUGGAUGCACUUCAAAAGCGUACUUUUCAAGUUAUUGUGCCUUUUUACGCUGUUUCCUUACUCUAUUUCAUUACUAAACUUCUGCGUUAUUUUCCUAAUCUUCCUUUAGCUGACCAUUCUUUUCACCAUGCCCUGGUAACCAUUGUAAUUGUCUUAUACGCCUUUUUGAUAGAAACUACUGCAUCCGUUCUUAUGCCUGUGAAGGUUGAUGGCGUUUGGUAUGUCUUUCAGGAGGCUGAUGUAGAGUUUUUAAGUAGAUCUCAUUUACCUUACGCCAUACCUGCUUUCUUUAUCCUUGCAGUUAUUGUUAUACCAUUUCCCUUUGUUAUUGCGUUUAGCUCUUACUUUACAAGAAGGUUUCAAUGUUUACGUAACUUCAUACCUAUGUUCGAAGCUCUUCAGAAUCCAUACCGUCCGAGCCGUACUUGGUUCGCUUCUUAUUACAUCUUCUGUCGUUUGAUCAUUAUCUCAUUGCUAACUUUCAGACCCAAUUUCGAACACACACUUUUUCCAUUUUUGGAGGCUGUUUGCGUCAUAUUUCUUUUGGUAUUUGUUCUUCUUCGUCCUUAUAAUGAAGACAAUUCUGUUUAUUUUUAUGUUGAUACAUGUUUCUUAUCUCUUCUCUGUCUGAUCAUCUGCGGAAUGAAUGCCGUGGAAGGUAACGAGGACAGAGUAACCAUACGUUUCUUGUGCGUCUUGGUAAGCAUUCUGAUAUACAUUCCUUUCGGUUAUUCGCUGGUAUUAUUCAUACGGUAUGCAUAUAUAAAGUUUACAGUUUAUAAUCAGGGACGUCGGGAAAGACAACAACAGCCUUUGUUGCAACAAAGUUAUCACUAGACCUAUCCAUUAUUACGUCUUUCUCUGGUGGCCUCGUUCCCACAUUCUGGAAGGCUAUAAGCACACAUAACUUUUCUACGAAAACUUACAAAAAACCGAAGUCAUUCCGCUUGGUCUUCUGCAAAAUUUGAGCCUCGAGAAAAUACUACACGCAUAAAAACGAGGCAAUUAGGGAAGCAAUAAACGUAAAGGUUUGGGGCCGGUGGUAUCAAGCCCGUUAACUUAAACGGUGGAUAAGUCAAAAUUAAAUACCACUCUUAGAACUCUCUUGGAUGAGUCAACUUGAAUAUUAUGCACUGAAGAUGUAGUUGUAAACAGUAUCUUUGUAUUA